GGCCCAGCACGCAUAACAGAACCAGAUCAGUGCAGAGGUUAACACAGUCACAAUGGCCCCUGCAAAGGAAUCAAAGAAGCGGAAAGCAGUUACUCGCGAUGUCGAACCAGACACGAGUAUUGUCUCCGGCGAUGAAUUGAAUAAUUUAGACCUUUCUGACGGCGCUCAUGAUUUGUCGGACGAAAGCGAUUCCGAGGUUGAAAUAAUCAAUGAGUUCAGCGACGAGGAAGAUGACAGCGAGUCCGACAUUGACAGCGAUGAAGUCCCGUCUGAUAUUGAAGAUAAAACUGGGGAAGUCAGCAGCAACACGAAGCGUCCAUCCCAAACUAGGGACGAAGACGACUUCGAUGAGCCCAAUUACCGAGUCGAGGUAGACGCCAAUGGAAACGAGCGAUACGUGUAUGACGAGAUCAAUCCAGACGAUAAUUCGGACUAUUCGGAUGCAGAUGACAACGCAAACACAAUUGGCAAUAUUCCUCUCUCAUUCUACGACCAAUAUCCUCACAUCGGUUAUGAUAUCAACGGAAAGAAGAUCAUGCGUCCCGCUAAGGGCGAGGCAUUGGAUGCUCUAUUAGAUAGCAUAGAAGUCCCUAAGGGCUGGACAGGUCUUACCGAUCCUUCGACAGGAAGACCCUUGGAACUCACUCAAGACGAGCUAGAAUUGCUACGAAAAGUUCAAAUGAACGAGAUACCCGAGGAAGGUUACAACCCUUACGAGCCCACGGUUGAAUGGUUCACCAGUAAGCAGGAGAUAAUGCCUCUUAGCGCAGCACCUGAACCGAAACGUCGAUUCGUUCCUUCCAAGCAUGAAGCGAAGCGUGUGAUGAAGAUUGUACGAGCCAUCCGGGAAGGCCGCAUCCUUCCUUAUAAACCACCAGCAGAAGAGGACGAGGCAGAUGACGGUCUGAUCCGCUAUGAUAUUUGGGCAGACGAAUCUCCACGCCCAGACCACAUUAUGAACGUUCCAGCGCCCAAAUUGCCUCCUCCUGGUUACGAGGAAAGCUACCAUCCCCCUCCCGAGUAUUUGCCAGACAAGAAAGAGCGAAAGGCAUGGGAGGAAGCUGAUGAAGAGGAUCGAGAAAGAGAGUAUCUUCCAACAGAUUACGGUGCUCUGCGGAAGGUCCCUGGAUAUGAAAACUUUGUCAAAGAGAAGUUUGAGCGUUGCCUGGACUUAUAUCUCGCCCCUAGGGUCAGGAGAAGCAAACUCAAUAUCGACCCCGAAAGUUUACUCCCCAAGUUACCGAGCCCGGAUGAACUCAAACCUUUCCCCACGGCAUGUGCAACCCUUUUCAGAGGGCACACUGGCCGUGUACGCUCUGUAUCAGUUGAUCCUACUGGACAAUGGUUGGCUAGCGGAGGUGAUGACGGAACAGUGCGUGUUUGGGAGAUUCUCACGGGUCGCCAGCUCUGGUCCGCGAAAUUGAGUGAUGAUGAACCUAUCAAUGUAGUCCGCUGGCGUCCUGGCCAGGAUGCUGUCAUACUUUGCAUUGCCUGUGGAGAUGAUCUUCAUCUCGCCGUUCCCCAGAUCGUCAAUCCUGAGCUUGAAAAGGCCAGUUUGGAACUUCUUGAUGCCGGUUGGGGCUAUGCGGCCAACAAGUCUGCCUCUAAGAACGGAGAUACAGAGUCAAAGAGUACUCCUACGAACUGGAUUCGACCGUCUGCGGAGUUUGCUGAGUCUGGAGUGUGCAUCACAAUACCAUUACGAUAUGUUGCAAAGUCCGUUUCAUGGCAUCGCCGAGGAGACUACUUUGUUACCGUUUGUCCCGGAUCUUCCACUCCUGCACAUCAAGCUAUUGCGAUCCAUACACUUUCAAAACACGUCACGCAAAACCCUUUUAGGCGCCGACUCAAGGGAGGUGGUCCCCCUCAAGCUGCUCAUUUCCAUCCCUCCAAGCCUAUCCUUUUCGUCGCCAACCAACGCACCAUCCGCGCAUACGAUCUGUCACGUCAACUCCUGGUCAAAAUCCUGCAACCCGGUGCCAGAUGGAUCUCAUCCUUCGAUAUCCACCCUCAUUCCUCCUCAACGUCUGGCGGUGACAACCUCAUUGUCGGAUCCUAUGACCGUCGGCUCCUAUGGCACGAUCUCGACCUAUCAGCACACCCAUACAAAACCCUCCGUUAUCACAGUAAAGCCAUCCGAGCCGUCAAAUUCCACCCGAGCAGCCGUUAUCCUUUGUUCGCAGAUGCCAGUGACGACGGCUCACUGCAAAUCUUCCACGGCAGCGUUACCGGUGAUAUGCUCAGUAAUGCCAGCAUCGUUCCACUUAAGGUAUUGCGUGGCCAUAAGAUUACUGGUGAACUUGGUAUCCUGGAUCUCGAUUGGCACCCUACUCAGCCAUGGUGUGUCUCUGCUGGUGCGGAUGGUACAUGUCGUUUGUGGUGCUAGAUAUUCGGUUUUCCAUGAUAUUGAACCUUUUUGAUUAUAUUUAGAACAUAAGGGCGUUACAAAAGUUAUGUACAUAAGCACUUUGCCCCACGUAGAUGGUGCAUUAAUGAGAUUUUUUCAUCACAUGUC